CAAACAUUGAAAAUAAUAGCUGGACAACCUUAACCCUCAACAGGAUCGCCUUCAGGUUUGCAAAAUGUCAAACACUGACUUCAAGAGACUUGAGCUCUUCAACAGAAUCCUGAAUGGUUGCAGUGGUGGCCCAUUCUGUAAUAACUCCCAUCUGAUUUUUCACAACACAAGCUUUGACAAUGGUCUGGAGAUUUUUGAUGAUGAUGGAUCUCUCUGGCUAAGAAUAGUCAUCUCUGUGGUGUACUUUGUUGUGGCUACUGCAGGAAUGUUGGGGAACCUGCUAGUAAUGUUCCUACUGUAUUCGACUCACACUAUCACCACAGGCACCAUCAACUUCUUUGUGUUCAACUUAGCUUUGGCUCACUUGCUGUUCUCCAUGGUCUUGCCGUUUUGGGCCGUAGACAUUGCAAUGGACUACAGCUGGCCUUUUGGCUUGGCCACAUGCAAGGCUGUGUCCUUACUCACUGGGCUCAAUGUCUUUGCUAGCUGCUUUUUCCUGACAGCUAUGAGUUUGACCCGGUACUGCUAUGUGGCUACUGCUCUCAAACCCAGAACCUCCCUGUGUAGUAGAUCUUGCACUUCUCCAGUGGCCACAGCUUUUAUCUGGGCUUCAGCACUCAUAGCAGCAGCACCCCGAGCUGUGUUUGCAGACCUGAGACAUGUGGGCAGUGGCAACGACACAGCAUGCCUGCUUCGUUUCCCAGAUGGUACAGCCUGGCUUGGAUUAAACCAGCUUUUGCGAGUGGUCCUGGGAUUUCUGCUGCCAUACGCCAUUAUCGUCCUCUCCUACCUGCUCCUGCUGCGCUUUCUCUGUCGGCAUAAUUUAAGGGGCAGCAACUCUCUGAGAAAUACUGAUAUUUCAAAGUCUGUGGCAGUGGUGGUGCUUUCAUUCUGCGCCUGCUGGUUCCCCUACAAUAUCCUCACACUUUGGAGUGUCCUGAUCCAACUUGACAUCGUUGAUAUCAGCUCUUCAUUCUAUUUGGCACAAACAUACUUUUUUCCUCUGGCCAACUGCUUAGCUUUCACCAGCAGCUGCUUCAACCCUGUCAUCUACUGUCUGGUGAGGAAAGAAUACCGUGUGGCUCUCCAUAACGUGCUCUUCAAAUUGAACAUGGCUAUCAUGUCCAAGAUGCCCUAUGGCAUUAAUUCUGAGGAGGGGUCGGGACAAACUGGGCAGCUGGCCAUUCCACUCAAUAACAUCUACAGCGAGACAAUCGAAACUGACACAAGGCGAUAUGAACCCCUGACAACACUUCCAACAGUGGUGUCCACCCUGUAA